UGUGUAGUGGAUUGGGAUCCAUAAUAAGAGGUUGGGAACAGUCAGAGCUUUGAUACAUCUUUAAGAAAGCCAAGGCCCAAGAUAUUAGAGAGAUUAAUAAGAUGGAAAUCAAACUACGCCCCUACCAAUUAUCUGAUGUAGACGACUUCAUGGAAUGGGUAUGUGAUGAUCAAGUCAUACGCACGAGCAGACUAAGGUACUACACUUCAAGAGAAGAAGCACUUGAUUAUCUUAGGGAAGUUGCCAUUCCUCACCCAUGGUACCGGGCCAUAUGCUUGGAGGACCGUCCAAUUGGAUUCAUAUGUGUCAAACCAGGGUCUGACUAUGAGAUAUGUAGAGGGCAAAUCAGCUAUGCUCUUGGAUCAAAGUAUUGGAACAAAGGUAUAACCACAGAGGCAGUGAAAUUGGUUAUUUCUAGUGUGUUUGAAGAGUUUCCAAAUAUGGAGAGAUUGGAAGGCUUUGCUAAUGUGGAAAUUAAGGCCUCACAAAGGGUUUUGGAAAAGGCUGGGUUUCAAAAGGAAGGUGUACUUAGGAAAUAUGUCAUUGUCCAUGGGAAGACUAUUGAUGUUAUUAUGUAUAGCUUUUUAAAAACUGAUCAAACUAAUUAAAGAAUUGCGUGAAAAUCCUUCACAAUGCUUGGAGCAAAACUCGUGGCCUUAGGCCAUGAUUAAAGCUACUAUUUAGGCAAAUUCCUUUGUUUUUGCCUUUUUUAACCCUUUAUUUUUUAAAAUUUCCAUUGUAACUUUUAAAUUAAAGUCAGAAUUAUGUCUUGUCUAUUAUGGGACAUCUCCUAGAAAUAUUAGUAUUUAGUUUUGCAAUUAUCUCAUUUUGCCACCUAAUUUUGUGUUUAACGCAAAUUAGGAUUUUUGGUGUGUUUUCCUAGCUAUCCCAAGGUUUAUUUUACUAUUUAAACACAUUGUAGCCUACAAGGCAAUUCAAACUUUUGUCU